AUGGAAACUGACAGACAAGGACUAUUCAGACUUCCUUUCAAACUUCCCAGCUCCGCCAAAGCUCGGUCCGUAGGCGUAUAUAUCGCAGGUGCACUUUACGCGAUCGGAGCAUGGUCUUUUUUUGAUGCUGCGAUAUAUUCCAGAAAGGCCAAUGCUUCAUCAGUGCACGUAACUUUUGUGGAUUGGAUUCCCUUCAUUUGCAGCACUUUGGGUAUGAUAGUGGUCAACUCAAUUGAGAAAAAUAGACUCAUACAGGAUGCAAUGGGAUCCGGUUCUUUCAGUGGUUCGUCGUCUAUGGCGUGGCAGGCGCGUGUGAUCCUUUUCCUUGGAUUCGCAUUGCUAGCCGGUGGAAUUUCUGGAUCCAUCGUGGUGCUGAUACUCAAGUUUUUGGUCAAAGACUUCACAUCCUAUCCAACGCUUGGAAUGGGAGUGAACAACGUUGUGGGCAAUUUCUGUAUAGCAUUGAGCUGUGUUGUUUUGUGGAUCGCACAAAACGUGGAGGACGAAUAUUCGUACUCUCUCACCCUUUGA